UUUUCGCCGUCUGCUUCUUUCGAUCCGCCUUCUAGAAACCAGCUCGUUUCUUCCUUUCUCCACCGCUCGAGUCGCGAGAGGAGACUCAGUCGGUUUGGCCCUGAUCGGUGCCAGGACUUCCCAAUCGAGGCCGGCGGAGGCGAUUCCGCGCUGAAUCUCGUGCGCGGACCGGCGGAUCUGAUCCGCUCGUCCGUGGAUCCGGCGCCGGCGAUCGGAUUGUGCGGGUGCCCGGAGCAGCUAUGGCGUUGUCCGGGAUGCGAGGGCUCUCCGUGUUCAUCAGCGACGUCCGGAAUUGCCAGAACAAGGAGCAGGAGAGGCUCAGGGUCGACAAGGAGCUCGGCAACAUCCGUACCCGCUUUAAGAAUGAGAAGGGAUUGUCACAUUAUGAGAAGAAGAAAUACGUCUGGAAAAUUCUUUACGUACACAUGCUAGGUUAUGAUGUAGAUUUUGGACAUACAGAAACUGUUUCGUUGAUUUCUGCUCCAAAGUAUCCGGAGAAACAGGUUGGGUACAUCGUGACAUCUUGCUUGCUCAAUGAGAACCAUGACUUCCUAAGAAUUGUUAUAAAUACAGUACGGAAUGAUAUAAUUGGGCGAAAUGAAACCUUCCAGUGUUUGGCACUGACCAUGGUGGGAAAUAUUGGUGGGAAGGAGUUUUCUGAAUCACUGGCACCCGAUGUUCAAAAGCUGUUGGUUUCAAGUAGUUGCAGGCCUCUAGUUCGAAAAAAAGCUGCAUUGUGUCUUCUUCGUCUUUACAGGAAGAAUCCUGAUGUUGUCAAUAUUGAUGGUUGGUCUGAUCGGAUGUCACAGCUUUUAGAUGAACGUGAUUUGGGAGUAUUGACAGCUGUUAUGAGCCUUUUUGUAGCUUUAGUCUCAAAUAAUAUUGAAGCGUAUUGGAAUUGCCUUCCAAAGUGUGUUAAAAUAUUGGAAAGGUUGGCCAGAAACCAAGAUAUUCCACCAGAGUACACCUAUUAUGGAAUUCCAUCACCGUGGCUUCAGGUUAAGACAAUGAGAGCUCUUCAGUAUUUUCCAACCAUUGAAGAUCCAAACACCAGAAGAGCCUUGUUUGAAGUUCUACAACGUAUUUUAAUGGGUACUGAUGUUGUAAAAAAUGUCAACAAGAACAAUGCAGCACACGCAGUUCUUUUUGAAGCCUUGGCUCUUGUUAUGCAUCUUGAUGCUGAGAAGGAGAUGAUGUCUCAGUGUGUGGCUUUGCUUGGGAAGUUUAUUGCUGUUCGCGAACCAAACAUUCGAUAUCUUGGCCUUGAGAACAUGACGAGGAUGUUAUUGGUGUCAGAUGUGCAGGAUAUUAUCAAACGACAUCAAUCACAAAUAAUUACUUCUCUGAAAGAUCCUGAUAUCAGUAUUAGGAGACGUGCUCUUGAUCUACUCUAUGGCAUGUGCGACGUUACAAACGCCAAGGAUAUAGUCGAAGAGUUAUUGCAGUAUCUUAAUACAGCAGAGUUUGCUAUGCGUGAAGAAUUGGCACUCAAAGCUGCUAUUUUAGCAGAGAAGUUUGCUCCAGAUCUGUCUUGGUAUGUUGACGUCAUUCUUCAGUUGAUUGAUAAAGCUGGGGAUUUUGUUAGUGAUGACAUAUGGUAUCGUGUGGUUCAGUUUGUCACCAACAAUGAGGAUUUACAGGUUCACACCAUUUAUUGCUUAUGUACUUGGUACUUGGUAGAUCCCUCAUUUUGGGUACAUAACUGCUCUAGUGAUAUUGUACAGCCAUAUGCAGCAGCUAAAGCAAGAGAGUAUCUUGAGAAGCCUGCUUUGCAUGAGACAAUGGUCAAGGUGAGUGCUUAUCUUCUUGGAGAAUACAGCCACCUUUUGGCUCAGAGACCUGGCUGCAGCCCUAAGGAAAUCUUCACCAUUAUUAGUGAGAAACUUCCUACAGUAACAACGAGCACUAUUGCAAUUCUUCUGUCAACAUUUGCCAAAAUCUUGAUGCACAACCAUCCUUCAGAUCCACAAUUGCAAGAACAAAUCUGGUCUAUAUUCCGAAAAUAUGAAAGUUACAUCGAUGUAGAAAUCCAGCAAAGAUCUGUUGAAUAUUUUGCACUUAGUAGGAAAGGGACAGCAUUAAUGGAUGUAUUGGCUGAAAUGCCCAAAUUUCCGGAACGCCAGUCUGCUUUGAUUAAAAAGACUGAGGAUGCUGAAGUUGACACAGCAGAGCAAAGUGCAAUUAGAAUAAGGAGUCUGCAACAAACAUCAAAUGCUUUGGUUGUAACUGACCAGCGUCCUGCAAAUGGGUCUGUUCCAGUCAGUCAGCUUGCCCUUGUUAGGAUGCCAAGUCAAAAUAUGGAAGCUAGUAGUACUCAUGAUCAAGCUACCUCUCAAGAUCAAAUAAAUCCUCAAGAUCGAGAAUUCUCCCAUCAGAAUGGGUCCGUCACUGCAGUUGUUCCUCAAGAGGUUCAUCCUGCAGAUCUCCUUGGAGAUCUUUUGGGUCCACUUGCAAUAGAAGGUCCACCAGCCCCUGCUGUUCCAGCUGAGCAUAAGGACCAGAAUCUGUUGUCAACACCGGAAGCUACACCUGAUGCAGCUGGUCCCUUGGCACUGGCCACUGUCGAUGAUCAGCCAAACUCAGUUCAGCCAAUUGCAAACAUUGCAGAAAGGUUCAAUGCACUGUGCCUUAAAGACAGUGGUGUACUUUAUGAGGACUCCCAUAUACAGAUUGGAAUAAAAGCAGAAUGGAGAUCUCAUCAUGGACGUUUUGUUCUUUUCUUGGGAAACAAAAAUACAUCACCUCUCGUCUCAGUGCAAGCUGUGAUACUGCCUCCAACCCAUUUAAAGAUGGAACUUUCAUUAGUACCUGAAACUAUUCCUCCACGGGCACAGGUUCAAUGCCCACUAGAAGUUGUUAACCUACGAGCAAGCAGAGAUCUUGCCGUUCUAGAUCUCUCCUAUAAAUUUGGAACUGCUGUGGUUAAUGUCAAACUACGGAUUCCAGCUGUUCUUAAUAAAUUUCUGCAGCCGCUUUCAAUAUCUGCUGAAGAAUUUUUCCUCCAGUGGAAAUCAUUGUCAGGACCACCUCUGAAGCUUCAAGAAGUGCUUAGAGGUGUAAAACCUUUGCCCCUUUCUGAAUUGGCAAACUUAUUCACUAGCCUUCGCAUGGCAGUUAUUCCUGGAAUUGAUACAAAUCCAAAUAAUCUAAUUAUUUGUGCUACCUUCCAUUCAGAGAGCACCAGGGCUAUGCUUUGUCUGAUCAGAGUUGAAACAGACCCCACAGACAGAACCCAGCUUCGCAUAACUUUAGGAUCAGGAGAUCCAAUUUUGACAUUUGAGUUGAAGGAGUGUAUCAAGGAACAUUUGGUCAGCAUACCAAUGCAAGCACCUACACCAGGCAUAUCACCGAUACAACCGCAAUCACCAGUUACUCCAGCAUACAACGAUCCUGGUGCUAUGCUUGCUGGGCUACUUUGAAAUCUUCAAGUGCUAUAUUGCCUUUUCAGAUUUAGAGAGCGAUGUGCCACAGACGAACCUUGUAGACUGCAGCACGGACGAAUGACUAUUAGUAUGAGGGCGUACAGGAGAAAUGCUGAGCCAAUCGAUCAUUUGUUAAACAGGAUUGCAUUCCGUGUCAAAUUCUUUUGGGCUUCUUCGUUUGUCCCAGUGUCAAGGUUUUGCUAUAUUGUGUAUGAUUUAUCAUUUUCUUUUUCCUUGUUUUUUGUAAUGCCCCUAUUUCUUCAUUGAGUCUAGCGGAUACAACAAUGCCAUUGUAAAAUUCUGUUUUGACGUGAUUUUAUCUCAUGUAUCAGUAACAAAAUAGAGAAAAUAAUUUCAACAAUUUGUAGGGGAAACAUGUAAUGAUUCAACAUGUGAUGAUCAAGGGUUUGUAUAUGCUAUUUCAAUCC